GGCAGCAGAGGAGCUAGUGUGCGCUUCAGUGUACGCGCAGGCCCGUAGGAAACGACAGGAGAUUAUCCGCAGAAGCGCACAUUUUGCCCGUACAUUUUUGCUCAAGUGGGAGGGUUGUCCGCCAUGUCGUCCAUGUUCAGGAUGGUCGGCAAACAGCUCAAGACCCACCCAUCUCUGAUUCCCCUCUUCAUCUUCAUUGGUGGUGGAGCAACCAUGAGCAUGCUGUACUUAGGGCGGCUGGCUCUGAAAAACCCUGAUGUCUCCUGGGAUCACAAGAACAACCCUGAGCCCUGGAACAAUAUCGAGCCCAAUCAGCAGUACAAAUUUUUCACAGUUAACACGGACUACUCCAAGCUGAAGAAGGAUAGGCCAGAUUUCUAAGUCACUUGUACUACUGAUUUUGUUGUUAGUGCAUGAGCCUUUGCACUUUUUCCAGAUACAAAAUGAGCCAUGACACCGAAUGAAGAUGCUACACUCGCUCAUUUGAUUAAUUUCCAGAAUGAAGGGGAAGUGAUUGUUUUAUGAAUAAAACAGGCAACCACCUGUUUUAACCAUUUCAGUUGAUUUUUUGAUUUUGUGUGAAUUAUUAAAACCAUUUCAGUCACACUUCUCA